CUUUGUCAGCCGUCACCCACCGCUUUCCAACCUCCAAAUGCCAUGGGUCCUGAGCCGCCGCCCGCGCCCACAGCCAGUCGCUGGCGUCGGCGUGCCGAGAGAGCGGAGGAGGCUGCGGCCGAGGUGAGGAAGCUAGGUGAGGAGGCGAAGCUAGGUCAGGAGGCUGGCAGAAACACGGACGCAGAGCGUGAAGUGGAUGCCAAGAAGAUUGAGAAGCCAGAGGUGGUAGCCCAUGAGGUGGCCAAGGUGGAGCGCCACAAGCCACAGGAGCCUUGCCCCAUUUGCCUGGAAGGCUUUUCAGCCGAAAGCUUGCCUCGCACCUGUCGGAAGUGUCACAACAAUUUUCAUCAGGCGUGCCUCGCAGAAUGGGCCAAGAAGGAGCAACAGAUCAAGUGGGAGCAAAAGCCCUGGAUGUUGCCGUCGCAAUUCGAAUCUGGCAGCUGUCCCUGUUGCCGCUCAUCCAAAGGACAUGACAAGUCCAGACGGUGGAAGAAGUAAAGAAGUAACUGGAUGUGGGUGGAAACUAGGCCCUAGGCCCAUCCUCCACAUGACCUGAACAAACAAAAACAAAAAACUUAUACCAAGGCCCCCGCAGCCAGGGGUGGUUCAUACCCCGCG